AAAGCCUUGCACUUUUACCUGAAUUUGAAUCUCAAUUUCAUUUCCGGAAACCCUUGGGUUUUUACUUCUGCUAUUUUGAUUUCGAGACUAAAUUUCCUGAAUCUGGAGCAGACCAGACGCCGCCUUCUCUGGGAAUGGAGGCUUCAAGGCUAAUGUGUUCUGCAUCGCUUUUUGGAGCGGUUUGGUUAGCCGGUUUUAGCACGCUUUCUAGUUCAUAAACGCGAUUUUAGCCGCAGCAGAUGCUGGUUAUGAGGUGGAAGCAAAUUGCCUACAAAUAGUACAUGUCCGUGAAAUUUUGGGGGAAGAGUAGUCAUUGGUUAGACUAAUAGGCAACAACUGUUGGGACCAAAAACCUAUCAUCGGCUGCCACCGCUCGCCGUCAUGAGCAGCGCCAAAUCCCGCAACUUCCGCCGCCGUUCCGGCGACGACGAAGACGAAGAAGCCAGUACCUUCGUCACACCAUCCACCACCAAAACCUCUGCCACCACAAACAAACCUUCCACCACCAAUAAACCCAAAAAGCCGACCCCUCAGUCCGGCACCAAAAGUCUCCUUUCAUUCGCAGACGACGAUGACGAAGAAUCUCCGUUUUCUCGGCCACCGCCGAAGCCAUCUUCCUCGUCUAGAUUCCCCAAAUCUUCGUCGGCUCACAAGCUCAGAUCGUCAAAAGACCGAAUUGCCCCUCACCCUCCAUCUUCGUCCCUCCCCUCCAAUGUCCAGCCACAGGCUGGUGUCUACACGAAAGAAGCCCUAUUAGAGCUUCAGAAGAAUACUAAAACCCUGGCCGCGCCUGCUCGGAAUAGGCCAAAGCCCGACCCUGAGCCUGUUGUUGUGUUGAAGGGUUUGAUCAAACCCGUAAUUUCGAGCGAAUUAGAUGCCGCAGCUACUGGAAAAGGUCAGGAUAGCAGUGAUGAUGAUAUGAUGUUUGAUCGGAGGGUCAAAGAUUCAAGCGUUGAAGCUAAAUUGAAGGAUGUUCGGAUAGGGCCGGGUUUUAGGGAGGAUAAGGAAGGGAUACCGGACCAGGCCACAAUAGAAGCGAUUAGGGCGAAGAGGGAGAGGCUGAGGCAGGCCAGGGCUGCAGCUCCGGAUUACAUAGCAAUUGAUGGAGGCAGUAAUCAUGGAGAGGCUGAAGGUCUGAGUGAUGAAGAGCCGGAAUUUCGAGGAAGGAUUGGAUUUUUUGGUGAUAAAAUUGGUGGGAGUGACAAGAAAGGUGUUUUCGAAGAUUUUGGGGAGAGGCCAGUGCCAAAAGAGAGGGGAAUGGAAGUAGUUAGCGAUGAAGAGGAUGAUGAGGAUAAGAUGUGGGAGGAAGAGCAAGUGAGGAAAGGGUUGGGGAAGAGGCUGGAUGAUGGUAUUGGGCUUCAAGGAGCGGGUGCUACUGUUGGCGGUUUAAGUAGGUUGCAAUCUAGUUCAGGGAACCCUGCUGCACUUCCUAGUGGAAUGCAUCAUCCUGCCCAAAAUGUGGAUGGUAGAAGUAGCUAUAACAAUGUCGGAGGGGCAAGUUUUGACAUGUUUGGUGGUAGUGAUAUGUCAAUUUCUCAGCAGGCUGAGCUUGCCAGAAAAGCCAUGACUGAGAACCUGAAGAGGGUUCAGGAAUCUCAUGACCGAACAAUGGUGUCUUUGGCGAAGACAGAUGAAAAUCUCUCUUCGUCUUUACUGAAUGUUACUAGUCUGGAGGAUUCCUUGUCGGCUGCCGGUGAGAAGUUCCUCUUUAUGCAAAAGCUUCGUGAGUUUGUUUCUGUUAUAUGUGCGUUUUUGCAGCAUAAAGCUCCUUUCAUUGAGGAACUCGAAGAACAAAUGCAGAAGCUUCAUGAAGAACGUGCGAGAGCCAUUGUAGAAAGAAGAGCUGCAGAUAAUGAUGACGAAAUAUCUGAGAUAGAAUUAGCUAUUGCUGCAGCACGGGUAGAACUCUCUAAAGGAAGCAGUGCAGAAAAAGUAGCGGCAGCCAUCGCUGCUUCCCAGGCUGCCUCUGAUAAUGCAAGAGGAGCUAAAGGUGCACCAGUGGAGCUGGAUGAAUUUGGCCGAGAUGUGAAUCUGCAGAAACGGAUGGAUAUUACUAGAAGAUCAGAAGCUCGGAAACGAAGGCGAGCGAAAGCUGAUUCAAAGAGGAAGUUGGCCAUGGAAAUUGACAGUUCCGUUCAACUUAUGGAAGGAGAAUUCAGCACUGAUGAAAGUGAUACUGAGACUAGUGCUCACGAGUCAACCCAUAAUCAAUUACUUCUUGUUGCUGGCAAAAUCUUUAGUGAUGCAGCAGAGGAAUAUUCUCAAUUUUCAAUGGUUGUUGAAAAAUUUGAGAAAUGGAAGAAAGAUUAUGCCACAAGCUAUCGCGAUGCAUAUAUGUCGUUAAGUAUACCUGCUAUUUUUUCACCUUAUGUGAGAUUGGAGCUUCUAAAGUGGGACCCACUUCAUGAAGAUGCAGAUUUUAUGGAUAUGAAAUGGUGUUCAUUGCUCUUCAAUUAUGGCCUUCCGGAAGAUGAAAAUGGAAAGAAUGGAGAGGAUGCUGAUGAUGAUGCAAAUCUUAUUCCUGAGCUGGUUGCAAAAGUCGCACUUCCUAUUUUGCACCAUCAGUUAGCCUUCUGUUGGGACAUUCUUAGCACCCGUGAAACAAAGCAUGCUAUUUCUGCUAUGGACAUGGUCACAGAAUUUGUAGGUUCCUCCAAUUCAGCUGUUGGGAAACUGGUAGCUGUUCUUCGUGACCGUUUCACCACUGCUGUGAAUGAUUUGGUGGUCCCCACAUGGAGCCCACUUGAACUGGAGGUGGUACCUGGUGCAGCAAGAGUUGCUGCAUAUAGGUUUGGCACCUCUGUUCGUUUGUUGAGGAACAUAUCUUUGUGGAGUAAGGUUCUUGCUAUUUCCGUCGUUGAGAAGAUUGCUCUUGAUGAACUAUUGUGCGGCAAGAUUCUUCCUCAUCUGCGCAGCAUACAGACAAACGUGCAUGAAGCAAUUAUACGAACAGAGAGGGUGAUUGCGUCACUUAAUGAUGUAUGGACCGGUUCUAGUGUUACCGAGGAUCGAAGCAAGAAACUGCAUCCGUUGGUGGACUACGUGUUGCUGCUGGGGAAGGCUUUGGAGAGAAAGCGUGCUAGCGGUGGCAUGGAGAGCGAAAUGGGUAAAUUGGUGAGACGAUUGAGGAAGAUGCUGGUGGAGCUGAACCAGUACGACCAUGCAAGAGCAUUGUCAAGAAGCUUCAAUAUCAAGGAAGCUAUCUGAUGUUGUCUCUGUACAAUUUUGAUGACAGUAGCCUUAACUGUGUCGUUGUUAUACUAAUACCCCUUUUGUAUUGGUUACUAUACUACCUCGUUAGUACAUCAACCGUACUUAUAAUUAA